AACUUCUCGAGGCCUUGUAUUUUUUUUUUCCCCCUCCUCUCGUCGGUCGGUUCCAACGACGACAUACAGCUUCACGUUGCCGUGAUCGAGUCGUACAGACCGGGGGCUUCUACUUAAUCAGCGCCGGAGAACGGCGGUCAGCGUUUGUCUGAUACGUGGAGGUGUUUGGUGGUUUUUGAAAAUAGGGGUUGAAGACGUCAGAGCCAAAAUGCACCCCUGAAGAUAUCGUGAUCACAUGGACUCCUAUCCUGUGCUGACCCAAUGCUUUAAACACCGGGAUUAAAAAUGAGCAUAAGCAGCGAUGAGGUCAAUUUCCUGGUUUACAGAUACCUGCAAGAGUCAGGCUUCUCCCAUUCAGCCUUCACCUUUGGCAUAGAAAGCCACAUCAGCCAGUCCAACAUCAAUGGAGCCCUUGUGCCCCCUGCUGCCCUCAUCUCCAUCAUUCAGAAGGGCCUGCAGUACGUGGAGGCUGAAGUCAGCAUCAAUGAGGAUGGCACCUUGUUCGACGGGAGACCCAUCGAGUCCCUGUCUCUGAUUGACGCCGUGAUGCCAGAUGUGGUCCAGACCAGGCAGCAGGCCUACAGAGACAAGCUGGCCCAGCAGCAGGCGGUGGCGGCAGGGAGCAGCACAGGGCCCCAGGGAAGCGCCAAGAAUGGAGAGGGGCCUGCCAACGGAGAGGAAAACGGAUCGCACGCCUUAGCCAAUCACCACUCUGAGAUGAUGGAAGUGGACCGGGAUGUGGAGAUUCCGCAAAGUAAAGCCAUGGUCUUGAGGGGCCACGAGUCUGAAGUUUUUAUCUGUGCCUGGAACCCAGUCAACGACCUCCUCGCCUCCGGGUCGGGGGACUCGACGGCGCGGAUCUGGAACCUGAGUGAGAACAGCACCAGCGGGUCCACGCAGCUGGUUCUGAGGCACUGCAUACGAGAGGGGGGCCAGGACGUUCCCAGCAACAAAGACGUCACCUCACUAGACUGGAAUAGUGAGGGCACAUUGUUGGCAACAGGCUCCUAUGAUGGCUUUGCCAGAAUCUGGACAAAAGACGGUAAUCUGGCUAGUACUUUGGGCCAGCAUAAAGGCCCCAUAUUUGCACUCAAAUGGAAUAAGAAAGGAAACUUUAUCCUCAGUGCUGGUGUAGACAAGACGACUAUCAUCUGGGAUGCGCACACAGGAGAAGCCAAGCAACAGUUUCCAUUCCAUUCGGCACCUGCUCUGGAUGUAGACUGGCAGAGCAACAACACCUUCGCCUCCUGCAGCACCGACAUGUGCAUCCAUGUGUGUAAGCUGGGUCAGGACCGACCCGUCAAGACCUUCCAGGGACACACGAACGAGGUGAACGCCAUCAAGUGGGAUCCCACCGGGAGCUUGCUGGCCUCCUGCUCCGAUGACAUGACUCUAAAGAUCUGGAGUAUGAAGCAGGACUCGUGCGUCCAUGACCUUCAGGCCCACAGUAAAGAAAUCUACACUAUCAAGUGGAGCCCCACAGGCCCCGGGACCAACAAUCCCAGUGCCAACCUCAUGCUGGCCAGCGCGUCGUUUGAUUCCACCGUGCGUCUGUGGGACGUGGAGCGGGGCGUGUGCAUCCACACGCUGACCCGCCACCAGGAGCCCGUCUACAGCGUGGCCUUCAGCCCCGACGGCCGGCACCUGGCCAGCGGCUCCUUCGACAAGUGUGUCCACAUCUGGAACACUCAGACGGGUGCUUUAGUCCACAGCUACAGAGGGACGGGGGGGAUCUUCGAGGUGUGCUGGAAUGCCACAGGGGACAAAGUAGGAGCUAGCGCGUCAGACGGAUCGGUUUGUGUUCUAGACCUGAGGAAAUGACUCACGUGGGGAUGCCAUGGACCGACUACGAAUGUGUACAUAGCCAAAUGACUGUUCCCGCCUGUCACCACACUGCUGUAGUCCCUUCAACGCCCGCGGCCCCCCUUUCAUCACACACCACCUGGGACGCUCCCUUCACCACCAUCAUCAUCACCACGUCCAAACAAGGACCAUCUAUCAGACCUAAACAUCAGGCCUGUUUGUUCCACAUACCUGCAGGAGGGGGAGAGAUCACACCUGCCCAUCACAUCCAAACCAAAACACCAGGAUUCUUCUCGUUUUAAACCUUCAUACAAGAACUGUACCUUUAGUUUUUGUUUUUUGGUUCUCUGUUGUUGUGUGCAUAUUGCACAUGUCAGCAUUUGUUUUGUUGAAUGUUGAGGGGAGGGCAUAAGUAAAUGUUUGUUUUUAAAUGGAUGUCGAGAGCUAUUCAUUGGGAGAUUCAACUGAAGUGAAUUUGUGAUGACUUUUUUUUUCUUUUUUUAAAUAUAUGAACAGUUUGUCCCAGCUUUCACACAAAGGAGACAUCAGUUAUCCAAAGGGUGAUCUGUGCUCUUUUCAUGUGACCCUAAGAAAAAGCCACAAAGCGUUCAUGCACCGAAGCGGUGAUCUGAGCCAUCCACGUGCAGCCUACAAAAACUGGAUGAAAGAUAAUCCGGCCUAGCUCCUCUGAUCACGUCCCCGGUUCUGUCAGAGGUAUUCGGAGUUUCACUCGAGAGAUCUCACUUUUUGACCAAGAUGGCAGUUCUGGAGUCGAGCAGUAAAAAAAAAAUGAAAAUAAAAAUAAAUAAAUCCCAGACUGACCUAAGCGCAUAGUACAGUCCCUGAUACUGUGUACUUAGGAAUGCCUCACAGAUAACUCCUUUGUGGGUUUAUCUGUAAGGCAGACGCCCUGUAUUAAUACACAGGUACAGGAAAUGGGUCCUUUUCGGGCCCACACUGAUUUUUAGAAUGUCCAUUUAGAGGCGAUUCUUUGCUUGUAAAAGCAGACUGGCAGCAUUAAACUGUAACCCAGGUUCUGAGGUAUAAAACAUAUAAACAUGUAUGUAGAUGUAUACAGAGGAAUAUCACAGGGUGUUUUUUUUUUUGUUUUUGUUUUUAUAUGCCACCCCUGUGCGAAAAGCAGGUUUUAAAGAAACGUUUUGAACAGUUGACGAUGUUGAUGUCCAUUAAUAUUUGGAAUACUUUUAUAAAAUAUCUUCAUACUGUCAUAGCGGAAUAUAAAAAAACAUUUUUAUUUUAUAUUUUUUUUGUUUUGCCCCUGCACUUUAGAUUAAAAAUCGAAGGGCCGAAGGCUUUCUAGAUUUCUCAGAAAUUCAUAAACUUUGCAGUUUAGUUGGUACACAAGCAUUUGUAUGACUGCUUCGUCAAUGGGGGCAAAACAAACGCAUUGUAGAUCCAAUCUUGUUUCCUCAACACCAUCUGAUGACUUCUAAGCCCCUUUUUUUGUUUGUUUUUUUAAAUGCCGCAUCUAUGAGAUGCAGCCCCCAUUAAUUGGACACCCUCCAAUCCCCCGCCGCUCCUCUUUGUUAAUCGUCCUUGCCGUAAUCAUCAUUCCUAUGACUCAUUUGCUGGAUUUAAACAUCAGCAUGCACUCAACGCCACACAGAUUUCAGAGCAAAGUAUUCUUUUUUUUUUCUGACUUUGCUUAUCUCUCCCCCUUAGAUGAAGUCUAUGACAGCAGAAUAGUAUUUUAAAAUGCUUUCUGUUUAGGUUAUGAGGCUUUUACACUGCAGUCAAAUGCUUUAGCGGUUUUGUUUCGGUUUGGUUUUUUUCUCCCGCUGUUGCGCCCACCCAAAGUACUAACAGUAACUCUAUCUUUGCUAUGUUGGAGAGCCCUCAAAGGUUUUGUACUUAUCAGAACUUUUGUAAUAUUGAUUUAUUUGUAGCUACAUACUCGAAAUGAACAAAAACUAUAGGAUGAAUUUUAAUUGUUUGGCGUACUAAAACACCGAAAAUGUAAAUACCAAUUUUCAGGUCUUUGUGUCUUUUUUUUCUUUUUUUUUCUUCCCUGACCUUCUGUACUCGGCCACUCACACGGUUGCAGUCUGCAGCCCUCCUGAUCGGACUGUUGUAAUAUCACUCAGAUCUCAAGGUCUAGAAUAAAAUCUAUUUUGAUAAUA